AGCGCACUGACUGCAGGCAAGGCAGGCGGGACGGAGCAGCCCAAGGCUGAGCUUGCACUCGGGGAAAGAAGAGAACUCUUUGCAUGAAAGCUUUGUUUGGAGGGCAAUUGAGGAACACAUCAGAAACCGAAAAUGCCGAAGCCAAUCAAUGUCCGUGUUACCACCAUGGAUGCAGAACUGGAGUUUGCCAUCCAGCCCAAUACCACUGGAAAGCAACUCUUUGACCAGGUGGUUAAGACCAUUGGCCUUCGGGAAGUGUGGUACUUUGGCCUCCAAUAUGUGGAUAAUAAAGGAUUUCCAACCUGGUUGAAGCUUGAUAAAAAGGUCUCUGCUCAGGAGGUCAGAAAGGAGAGCCCCCUCCAGUUCAAAUUCCGGGCCAAGUUCUACCCAGAGGAUGUGCCUGAGGAGCUGAUCCAGGACAUCACCCAGAAGUUGUUCUUCCUACAAGUGAAAGAUGGAAUCCUAAGUGAUGAAAUCUACUGCCCGCCCGAGACGGCUGUGCUCCUGGGCUCCUACGCCGUCCAAGCCAAGUUUGGAGAUUAUAAUAAAGAGGUGCACAAGUCCGGCUACCUUGGCUCUGAACGUUUGAUCCCUCAAAGAGUAAUGGACCAACACAAGCUCUCCAGAGAACAGUGGGAGGACCGGAUCCAGGUGUGGCAUGCUGAACACCGUGGGAUGCUUAAAGAUAAUGCCAUGCUGGAAUAUCUGAAGAUUGCUCAAGACUUGGAGAUGUAUGGGAUCAAUUAUUUUGAGAUAAAAAACAAAAAAGGAACAGACCUUUGGCUUGGAGUGGAUGCCCUGGGGCUGAAUAUUUAUGAGAAAGAUGAUAAAUUGACCCCCAAAAUUGGCUUCCCUUGGAGUGAAAUCAGGAACAUCUCUUUCAAUGACAAAAAGUUUGUCAUCAAACCCAUCGACAAGAAGGCACCUGACUUUGUAUUUUAUGCUCCUCGCCUCCGGAUUAAUAAGCGGAUCCUUCAGCUUUGCAUGGGGAACCAUGAGCUCUACAUGCGCCGUAGGAAGCCAGAUACCAUCGAGGUACAACAGAUGAAAGCCCAGGCACGGGAAGAGAAGCACCAGAAACAGCUGGAGAGGCAGCAGUUGGAGACUGAAAAAAAGAGAAGAGAGACUGUGGAACGAGAGAAGGAGCAGAUGCUGAGAGAGAAGGAGGAACUGAUGAUGAGGCUUCAGGACUAUGAACAGAAGACCAAGAAAGCAGAAAAGGAGCUCUCAGAUCAGAUCCAGAGGGCUAUUCAACUGGAAGAAGAGAGGAAGAGAGCCCAGGAAGAGGCUGAGCGUCUUGAGGCCGACCGUGUGGCUGCUCUCCGAGCCAAGGAGGAACUGGAGAGACAGGCUGUAGAUCAGAUAAAGAGCCAGGAGCAGCUGGCUGCUGAACUUGCUGAAUACACCGCCAAGAUUGCUCUCCUGGAAGAGGCAAGGAGGCGUAAGGAGGAUGAAGUCGAAGAAUGGCAGAUCAGGGCCAGGGAAGCCCAAGAUGAUCUUGUCAAGACCAAGGAAGAGCUUCACCAGGUGAUGACCGCCCCUCCACCACCCCCACCUCCUGUGUACGAGCCUGUGAAUUACCACGUGCAUGAGAACCUACAGGACGAAGGGACUGAAUACAGCGGCUACAGCGCCGAGUUCUCCAGCGAGGGCAUCAUGGAUGACCGAAAUGAAGAAAAACGAAUCACUGAGGCUGAGAAGAAUGAGCGUGUGCAGAGACAGCUGCAGACACUGACAAAUGAGCUGUCCCAGGCCAGGGAUGAGAAUAAGAGGACCCACAAUGACAUCAUCCACAACGAGAACAUGAGACAAGGACGGGACAAGUACAAGACUCUGAGACAGAUUCGACAGGGGAACACAAAGCAGAGAAUCGAUGAGUUUGAAGCUAUGUAAAAAUGAGGACUGUGGGGAAAGGCAGAUCUGAACACAUUGACUUUUCUGAGGGGGUCACUGUAUGACACAUACAAAUAUGUCUAUUUUUUAGUAUUCUAUAAAUCCAGAAACUCCCUACAAUAUUCCAGGUUCUCUGACUGAGAGAGAAUAAUUAUUCAGCGGGAAUAUUCUGGGGGCUGGGAAGUGGUGUGGGGUUGGGGGGAUGCCUAGAGAAUUUCCUGUAUGUAUCCUAGUGCCAAACAGGUCUGGAGCAGAAUCGAUUGAGAAUAAGCAUCUAUAAAGCCUGGUAAAGGAAUAGCAUUUCAUGCUGGCAUGUGUGAUGCAUCAGGAUUGAGUGUAAUUAAAGAAAACCACAUUGUAGCCAGUCACGGUGCCAUACUUGAUUCUCUCUCUCUCUCUCUCUCUCUCUCUCUCUCUCUCUCUCUCUCUCUCUCUCUCUCUCUCUCUCUCUCUCUCUCUCCUCUUUCUCUUUCUCUCCCUCUUCUCUCUCUCUCCCUCUUUCUCUCUCUCUCCCCCCACUUCCCUCUUCCUCUCCUCCCUCUUCAAAGAAAUUAGCUUAAGAAGUGCCUGAUUCAGUUUUCAUUCUAUGGAAGAUCCAUCUUUGUAAAUGUAUGUUCCUAAAGUGCUCAUUUUAAAAGAUUGGUCUUAAAAAAGAAAAGGCCCUCCUUCCCCGCCAUGGUCUCUUUUUCUCCCUUCUUAGUUAAGAAACAUUCCUGCAGUGAUCACUCAGAAGAAACAAUAUAGGAACACACUCUGAUACCUUAUUUUGCAUGACAGCUAGGUUUACUUUGAACUUCUCUACACCUAAUGUGUUAUACUCUGACUUAAUUAAUGAUCAGCUAUAGAGUGUAGUAUUUAUAUAUAAAUAUAAGUGAUAAUAAACAUGGGUUGUAACAGUUUAAAAAAGGGAAAAGUUUUGUUCUGUAUAUUUUGUUACCUUUUACAGAAUAAUAAAGGAAUUAAUAUGAAAAAAACAUUUAGACAAGGUACUUAAAUCGAAUGUACUGUGAUGGCAGUCACGAGACUGAUUACUCGAUGUGAUCACAUUUGUAAAAUGAUUUUUUUAUUGUGCUUUUCUUGCAUGUGAUUCAGUAUACAUACAUGCAUAUAUAUAUAUAAACACUUCACUUUUUUUCUAA